AUGUCGGGUUUUGGUUCUUUGCUGGAGUACAAUGAAAUUGUUAGGCAGAUGUUUGGUAAUGAAGAAGAAGGAUUUCAGUUUUAUAACAACUAUGCUAAGGAGAAAGGAUUUAGUGUGAGGAGAAGCUACUGUGAGUGGGACAGUGGCCAUAAUGAGAGUACCCUUCGGAAGUUUGUCUGCAGUCGUGAAGGUUUUCGAGAAGAGAAGGAGCUGAAGAGGGAGAGUAAGAAGCGGAAACCACGGAAUAUUACUCGUGUUGGAUGUCGUGCUAAACUUGUGAUUGCACGAGAUCAGAGCACAGAGCAGUGGUAUGUGAAGGAUUUCAUCGGUGGACACAACCAUCCGAUGGCGGAACCAGACGUUGCUUGUCUGCUGCGUUCACAUAGAAGAAUCAGCGAUGAUCAGAAAGCUGAGAUUUUGGAGAUGCAGAUUUCUGGGAUCCGCAAACACCAGAUAAUGGAUAUUGUGCAAAAGCAGUACGGUGGGUACGAUAAGGUUGGAUAUACAAUGAGGGACCUGUACAAUUUCUGCCAUCGCAAUAAGCUGGAGACAGUUGCCGCUGGUGAUGCUCAAACAGUCAUCAGUUACCUGACAGAAUGCAAACGUAGAGAUCCUGAUUUCUUUUUCCAGUACAAAACUGAUAGGGAAGGGCACCUGAAGGGACUGAUCUGGUGUGACUGUCAAUGUCGGCUUGACUACAGAGCAUUUGGUGAUGUCGUCGUAUUUGAAAGCACGUACAAAACGAACCGAUACAACCUGCCUCUUGUUCCUUUUGUUGGAGUGAAUCACCAUGGCAGUACGGUUCUUUUUGCUUGUGGAAUUGUUGCUCAGGAGACUAUUGAGUCUUAUGUGUGGCUACUUAGCACAUUAUCUGAUGCCAUGGCUCAGAAGCAUCCGGUUUCCGUGAUCACUAAUGGAGACCUUGCUAUGCAGAGAGCAAUCAGGGUGGUGUGGCCAAAUUCAUCUCAUAGGCUAUGCAUAUGGCAUAUUGAGCAGAACAUUGUGCGUAAUCUGCAUGAUGAUGGUGUCAAGAAUGAUUUUAGGUAUUUCCUUUAUGAUUGUUGCUCCAUAGAAGAGUUAGAGAUGAAAUGGCUAGAAUUCUUGGAUAAGCAUAACGUUACAUAUCAAGAGUCGUGGCUUUAUCAGAUGUAUGAGAGGAGAGAAAUCUGGUGUGCUGCGUAUCAUGCUGGUAAGUGCUAUUUAGGACUGAGGAGCAACCAGCGGAGUGAGAGCCUGAACUCUAGGCUUCAGGUAAAUCUAGAUCGUAAAAUGACACUGUUUGAGCUAGUGCAGCACUUUGACCCUUAG